CUUGAAAAAGAUGUCAUUGCGGCGUGCCGACCCUGAGAGCGUUAGUGAAGCGUGCCUGGUCACCCCGAAACAGGGCCGAAUUCCCCAUGGGAAGUGCAGUCUUGGCGCCAUCACCCGGUGGAGCAAAACAUGGAGUAAAUGCUGCAUGAUGCUCACAAAGGUGCCUGUUCGGGCGACGAGAAUUUCUACGAGAAUUUGGGGUAGUCGCAGUUGCAUGCGGGGUCACAAAGCCAAAGAAGAAAACCAAUCGUGGGUUGUCCGGGGUUGCCAUACUUUUUGAUACUUUUUGCUCCGGGUGACCGCACGGUGGAUGUAUAAUAAGUAAAGUCACGGCCAACCUGUCGCGCAGUUAUUGGUUCUUGUCUCAUCCUCGGACUACCUCGUUCUCUUGCAAAGAGAAAAGUCGACAUGGCGGGCUUGUUGAUCUUCGCAGCAUCUGUCGUUGCUGCUGCUGUAGUAUCCAAAAAGGACUACUAUAGCGACGAGCCACUCACAGCUUGCCCUGGUUACAAGGCUUCAAAUGUGCAGACCAGCUCAUCUGGUCUAACUGCCGAUCUAACCUUGGCUGGUGAAGCUUGCAACGUGUAUGGUACCGACUUGACCGACUUGACUCUCGAGGUUUCAUACGAUACCGACACUGAUAGUCCUCUAGAUACUCGACUACAUGUCAAGAUCCAGGAUGCUGGCAAUGACGUCUACCAGAUUCCCGAGUCAGUCUUCCCGCGCCCUGCAAUUGGCGGUAGCACAGCAGAGCAGUCUGCUUUGGCCUUCAACUACACCGAGGAGCCUUUCUCAUUCACCGUUUCAAGAGCUGAGACUGGAGAAGUGCUUUUCGAUACUUCUGCUGCUAGUCUGGUCUUCGAGUCCCAGUACCUACGCCUAAGGACCGCGCUUCCUGAAGACCCAUACCUGUAUGGUUUGGGCGAGCACUCGGAUCCUUUUAGAUUAAACACGACGGACUACAUUCGAACGAUUUGGUCGCAAGACUCUUACGCAGUCCCCAGUGGCUCUAAUCUUUACGGCAAUCACCCUGUUUACUUUGAGCACCGUGAGGGAGGCACUCAUGGAGUUUUAUUCUUGAAUUCUGACGGCCUAGAUGUCUUCAUUAACAAGACCGAGGAGUCCGGCCAAUAUCUGGAAUACAACUCGCUGGGAGGAGUCCUCGACUUCUACUUCGUUGCCGGGCCAUCACCCGUUGAGGUCGCUCAGCAGUACGCUGGCGUCGUCGGCCUCCCUGCUAUGCAGCCAUACUGGUCGCUUGGAUUCCACCAAUGUCGAUACGGCUAUCAGGAUGCUUUUGACGUGGCCGAGGUUGUUUACAACUAUAGUCAAGCCGGUAUCCCAUUAGAGACAAUGUGGACUGAUAUCGAUUAUAUGUACCGUCGCAGAGUCUUCUCCUUGGACCCCGAUCGGUUCCCCUUGUCGAAGAUGAGGGAGCUGGUUGACCACUUGCAUGCCAACAACCAACACUACAUUGUCAUGGUAGACCCAGCGGUAGCUUACCAGGAUUUCCCUGGCUCUCUACAACGGGGUAUCGAUGACAAUAUCUUCAUGCUCCGAGAGAAUGGUUCAGUAUGGAAGGGCGUUGUCUGGCCUGGUGUGACUGCAUUCCCUGACUGGUUUGCUGCCAACAUUACUUCCUACUGGAAUGGGGAAUUUGCGGACUUCUUCUCGCCCGAGGACGGUCUAGACAUUUCUGGUCUUUGGAUUGACAUGAACGAGCCCUCAAAUUUCCCCUGCUACUUUCCAUGUGACAACCCAGAAGUGUCUGCUAUUGGAUAUCCUCCAGAGCCCCCGGCUGUACGAUCGCCCCCACGACCUUUACCUGGCUGGCCUUGCGACUUCCAGCCAGAAGGCACGGCAUGUACACGAUCCGAGUUGACCACUCGCGACAUUGACACUAUCAGAUCCAUCAACUCCGUCCGAGAUGGCUUUUCGGGCUCGGAAACAGCUGCCUGGCUCUCAGAAAGACAGGCAGGCCAGCAACUAGGUCUUCCAGACCGUGACCUGCUAUACCCCAAGUAUGCCAUUCACAACAAAGCGGCUUACCAGGAUGAUUGGAAUGCCGACAAAGGUGGAAUCUCAAACAAGACAGUAAAUACUGACCUCAUCCACCAAAAUGGAAUCGCCAUGUACGAUGCUCAUAAUCUCUACGGAUCCAUGAUGAGUGUAGCUUCUCGCGAAGCAAUGCUGGCACGAAAUCCCACGCUUCGUCCAUUGAUUAUCACUCGAUCCACCUUCGCUGGUGCUGGAUCGAAGGUCGGCCAUUGGCUCGGCGACAACUUAUCCACUUGGUGGCACUACCGGCUCAACAUUCGAUCGAUGUUAGCAUUCACCGCCAUUUAUCAAGUGCCCAUGGUUGGCGCGGACGUGUGUGGCUUCGCCCAGAACACCACAGAACAGCUCUGUGCAAGAUGGGCUGCUCUCGGUGCUCUGGCCCCUUUCUUCCGUAAUCACAACGAUAUCUCCAGCAUCUCGCAGGAGUUCUACCGCUGGGAUACUGUGGCGGAGGUCGCAAAGAAGUUCAUCAAUAUCCGGUAUCAGUUGCUCGAUUACCUCUACACCGCCCUCCACCACCAAACGAUCGACGGUACUCCCAAUGCCCUGCCCCUGUUUUACGUUUACCCUGAAGAUAAGAACACCUGGGAUCUUGAGCUGCAGUACUUCCUCGGGCCCGGUCUCCUGGUCGCCCCGGUGACCGAAGAGAAUGCUACUAGCGUUGACAUUUACCUACCCAAGGACACCUUCUAUGACUUCUAUACACACGAGAAGGUCGUCGGUGAAGGUGCUUACAUUACUGUUGAAGAUCAGGAAAUAUCUGACCUUCCUAUCUACUACCGCGGGGGUGUCAUUGUGCCAUUGCGCGCCAACUCAUCCAUGACCACGACCGAGCUCCGCAAGCAGGACUUUGAGAUUGUCAUCCCCAUCGGUGCUGAUGGUACUGCCCAGGGCGAACUGUACCUCGACGACGGCGAAAGUAUUGAGCAGACGGGUGUGACAUCCAUCACCUUCAAGUUCGACGGCACAUACCUAGCUGCUGAGGGCGCUUUCAGCUAUGAGACAGCUCUCAAGGUCUCCAAGGUCACUGUUUUGGGCGCAGGUACUUCGAAGUGCAAGAGAAGCGUGACUGUGGAUGUUGACCAGCCCUUGACCGAGGCCUUCAAGAUCCAGGUUGUCUAGCGAUCGACAUGCGACGACGAAGAGGCGACCUCGCAAUGAAUGGUGACUCGAGGUAAUUACAUAAUUCAUAGCCACCCACUAUGUGCAUACAAAUUCGAUUUAAUAAUAAAAUUUUGGUUUGACAUUACUGAGCUUCUUGUCGAACUCCCAUCAAUGGAUGGCCAAACUGAACGCAAAGAAACGUCUGUUCCUAGUGUUCGAAAACAU